GGACAGUCCACAACGGUGCGAGAAAACCGCAAGCCAGGUCUCUAUAAUCGCUUUCACCACCUAAGUGCCAAGAUGGCGGGCCCAGUCAAUGGCUUCGCGAACAAGCUCGGAUGCGAGGCCUUCAUGCCUACCUCACUAGACAAAGAGUGCGAUAAGGCAGCGCGAAUAUUAAAGUCGUUCUGUGAUGAAACAACUUUUGCCAACAAUUCGUCUACGUCUCCAGACGAGGCAUUAUCAAGUCGGAAAGCAAUAGUCAGAAUUCCUCGACAAGUCAUUACGUCCGCCGCAGGCCUUGCUAUCUUCACUGCAUUUCGGUCUGGGACACAAUUCUCUUGGGGAAGUGGUUCUGGAGUUGUUGUAGCGCGGCGAACGGAUGGGUCAUGGUCGCCACCGUCUUCCUUUGCCGUGAACACUCUCAGUGUUGGCUUCAUGUUCGCAAUGGAUAUUUACGAUUGUGUAUGUGUCCUCCGGAAUCCCGAAGCAGUCGCUGCAUUCACCAACCCAAGGAUUUCCUUUGGUGGUGAGAUGGCUGUUACUGCUGGGCCGGUUGGUACUGGUGUUUACGUUGAUUCGGCCAUUAGUGGCGGCGGUAUCAACGAGCCUAUAUGGAGCUAUAUGAAGAGUCGGGGCUUUUAUGUCGGGGCACAAAUUGACGGAACUAUCAUAACGGCGAGAGACAAGGCAAACGAGGACUUUUACGGGGUGGAGGUUACGGUUGCUUCUAUUCUACAGGGUAUGGUUCCAGCUAGAGGACCGUUGUGGCCUGAAGGAUACUGGAGGUUAAAUAAUGUAUUGCGAGAAAUAGAUAGUCGUACGUAA